AUGCAGCGAGCAUUGACAAGUCGGACGGCCGCCUCGGUCCUGUCCCCCUCGGCCGCCUCCAGAUUCCGUUCAAGCGGUGCUCUCACACAACAGCUUCGCUUCGCCCACAAGGAGCUCAAGUUUGGCGUGGAGGGCCGCGCCGCUCUUCUGGCUGGCGUUGACACUCUCGCCAAAGCAGUCGCUACCACACUGGGCCCCAAGGGUCGGAACGUCCUGAUCGAGUCCAGCUAUGGCUCGCCCAAGAUCACCAAGGACGGUGUGACUGUCGCCCGGGCUAUUUCCCUGCAGGACAAGUUCGAAAACCUCGGUGCCAAGCUGCUACAAGACGUAGCCUCCAAGACCAACGAGGUCGCUGGCGACGGUACCACAACCGCCACCGUGCUUGCCCGAGCCAUCUUCUCCGAGACCGUCAAGAACGUUGCUGCUGGGUGCAACCCUAUGGACCUGCGCCGCGGUACCCAGGCCGCUGUCGAGGCUGUCGUCGAGUACCUGCAGAAGAACAAGAGGGACAUUACCACCAGCGAGGAGAUCGCCCAGGUUGCCACAAUCAGCGCCAACGGCGACACACACAUUGGCAAGCUGAUUGCCAAUGCCAUGGAGAAGGUUGGCAAGGAGGGCGUUAUCACUGUCAAGGAGGGCAAGACCAUGAGCGACGAGCUCGAGGUGACCGAGGGUAUGCGGUUCGACCGCGGAUUCAUUUCUCCCUACUUCAUCACCGACACCAAGUCCCAAAAGGUCGAGUUCGAGAACCCUCUCAUCCUUCUGUCCGAGAAGAAGAUCUCCGCUGUCCAAGACAUCAUCCCCGCCCUCGAGAUCUCCACCCAGAGCCGCCGACCUCUCGUCAUCAUUGCUGAAGACAUUGAGGGCGAGGCCCUGGCUGUCUGCAUCCUGAACAAGCUUCGCGGCCAGCUCCAGGUGGCUGCCGUCAAGGCCCCAGGCUUCGGCGACAACCGCAAGUCCAUCCUUGGUGACAUCGCCGUCCUAACCAACGGCACCGUCUUCACGGACGAGCUCGAUGUGAAGCUCGAGAAGGCCACUGCCGACAUGCUUGGCUCCACCGGCUCCAUCACCAUCACCAAGGAGGAUACCAUCAUGCUGAACGGCGAGGGUACCAAGGACGCCAUCUCGCAGCGAUGCGAGCAGAUCCGUGGCGUCGUUUCUGACCCCACCACCUCAGACUACGAGAAGGAGAAACUCCAGGAGCGUCUUGCCAAGCUGUCUGGCGGUGUCGCCGUCAUCAAGGUCGGCGGUUCUUCCGAGGUCGAGGUCGGCGAGAAGAAGGACCGCUUCGUCGACGCCCUGAACGCCACCCGCGCCGCAGUCGAGGAAGGUAUCCUGCCUGGUGGUGGUACGGCCCUGCUGAAGGCCUCCAGCCAGGCCCUCGGCAACGUCAAGUCGCAGAACUUUGACCAGCAGCUCGGCAUCAGCAUCGUGAAGAACGCCAUCACUCGCCCCGCCCGCACAAUCGUCGAGAACGCUGGCCUCGAGGGUUCCGUUGUGGUCGGCAAGCUGACGGACGAGUACGGCAGCGACUUCCACAAGGGCUUCGACAGCUCCAAGGGUGAGUACGUCGACAUGAUCAAGGCCGGUAUCCUGGACCCCUUCAAGGUUGUCCGGACCGGCCUGAUCGAUGCCAGCGGCGUGGCCUCCCUGCUUGGCACCACCGAGGUUGCCAUCGUCGAGGCACCUGAAGAGAAGCCCGCCGGACCUCCAGGUGGUAUGGGGGGGAUGGGCGGGAUGGGGGGAAUGGGAGGGAUGAUGUGA